UGCUUCACUCGGUGGCUCCGGUGGCUACGUACCAUGCAGGCGCUGCUCUGCGCGCUAGCCGGGCUCGCCCUGCUCCGUGCCGGGACGGGCGAAUGGGGCCAAGGUCCCAGGGACACCCCCGGACGGCGAGCUGCCGAGUCCCCCAGUUCCCCUGGAGAUCUAGCUGGGAGCCCAGGCUGUGACAGACACGCGGCUGUGCAAAGGCGGUUAGACAUUAUGGAGGAGACGGUGGAGAAGACAGUGGAGCACCUGGAGGCGGAAGUGACAGGUCUGCUGGGCCUGCUGGAGGAACUGGCUUCAAACCUUCCCACAGGGCCCUUCAGCCCCAAACCUGACUUGCUUGGAGAUGAUGGUUUCUGACUUCCAGGGAUGGUGGAGCCUGCCAGCUGAAGUCAUCCCUCAGAGAACCAAGCCAGGUCUUCCUGCCUUCCUGCCCCACCUUUGUGUGAAAUAAAAGCUCCGAUUUGGACCCAUCUGCUAGCCAUGACCUCUGUUGCCGCAGCUCCAGCUCCUUCUUGCACCCUGAACCCCACACUGCUGUUCUAGCACGUGGACCUGGGUGACCUGUGCAACCGCACUUCCAACUUUCUAAUUCAGAGACAGACCCUGGGAACUGACUGACAGGAUGUGAGACACCAGAGGCCUAGAGUGGUAACCAAGCACAGAAGGCCCAUUAUGCCGCCUUGCUGCCCAGGCCACAAAACAGCAGCCACUGCCACCAAGGAGACUGUCAAAAACACAAGAUCCAACUCACCCCAUCAGAAUCUCUGCUUUUAUGUGAUUCCCUGCCCUGCCCUCCUGGCAGUAAGGAGUUGUGUGUGCAUUAAGAAUCCUGUUCCCUGGUUGUAAAUCCAAAGAGAUGCAUUUCCAGUUUCUUUUUUAAAAAAUACACACACACACACAUAUGUAUAUAUUUCAGUAAACAAAGUUCUUAAUAUAUAAAA